UAUAUUUCCUUUCCCGACAGGUUAUCAAAAAGCUAUGUUGUGUUUCACCUCAUUCUGGAGUGCAUUGUUAGUGGUGGUGUGCAUGGUCCUCUUGACGCAAGAAUCCUGUUGCGAAAGUUACCAGCGAAUGGCCUCCUACCCUCUCAGCCAGUUCGAAGAGCAAUCGAGUUUCCAACGCAGCCACCUGAAAGAUGCGGAGGACAGUUUUCCGAAAAUGGGAUUGGAUGUUUUCGGAUCCGAAUCUCAGGAAGACAGAAGCCGAUCACAGGAAGACAACGAUUCAUCUGCUGCAUCUUUUAAUGAGGUCUCUUUAGUGGAUAUCCCUAUGAGCCAAAUGUCACCACUUGUGAAGAGAAGGAAAGGCCCAACUCUUUCUGUCGUGAAUCCUCUGGAAAUUCUUCGUCAACGGCUCAUGCUCGAUCUGGCACAAAGGCGGAUUCACGAGAAUCAACAGCAGAUCGUUGCAAAUGCCCAGCUUUUGGAAAACAUCGGGAAAAGGAGCUCUAUGCCCAUCCUAACACGUCCAGCUCUUCGUCAAAAUACUGAAUUAUUACGGGGAGAGAAGUAUCAACCAUAGAGCUGAUUAAUCUGGCGUUUGUAUGAAGGAAUGAGCAAAAGAAUGGAUGAUCCCAGUACAGUUAUGUAGCAAUGGAAAUAAUGCUCCACACCACUGACAAAGCACUUUACCAAAUACAAGUUUAUAUUUACUUUUAUGUAUGGAGAAAUCUCCUUUAAAUUCUUUUCGCGCUGUGAAUGAUCACAGAAAUAUAUCCUAGUGUAAAAUCAUCAAACCUGUAUAAAAAUAUUUCUUUCUGUAUUUUUGACAUGUAUUUAUGAGUAUGUCUGUGCAUGUAUUAUAUGUUUAUGUGCUUCUUGUUUUUGUUACAUACUGUACAAAUGUGUUUAUCACUGUUAUAAAAAAGUGAAUACAAUUCUCAAAUUAGUUACAAGGUGCUUGGUAAAAGUCACCAUCUAGAUCUCAAUAAAGAAUUCUUCCUCCAUUUAA